GAUGAAGAUAUUGAUGCAGACGGCAUGCAGUCGGUGCAGCUCUGAUGCUAUACUCGAAAUCGUACGUGUAUAUUGUUGUAGGGUAGGAGCCAGAAGCGCUUCUCGUCAUUGGCCUUCAUGUGGAUCAUUCAAGACUAUCGCACAGGCAAACAUGUGCAGUCGAGUCGCGCCUCGUGCCGCACGCGUCUUCGAUGGCUACCACAGAGUUCUGGAGUUCUGAGGGCGCGAACGAAGUUGGGCAAGUCGCGUACAGCGUACAAUUUCUACCGGCCCAUUCGGCGAUGACGAGCUGACGACGUGCCUGUAAAGUAAAUGGCAGCCCGCCGUUCGUUCGACGAUGAAUCGGCGUACGAUGCAGCCAGCGACAGAAGCGCUGAGGUCUUCCAGAGCUUUCGCGAGUUGUCGCCAGCGCCCCAGAGUUCAGCUGUGUUUCGUCGGCUAAGCUCGCAGGCACCGCCGCACAGCUCACGCCUACUCACUGACUCGUCAGACAACGACGUGUACACACAACCAAAUCUUGGUUCGCAUGGUGCCCAAGCCCUUGGCAAUGGCAUGGGAAGUCUCGCGGCGGAACUAGCAUUCGCAUCCACAGAUGUUCGAAGAAGAUCAAGUAGUCGAGGUAGUCUAUACGACGAAUUAGGCAUUAAUGCGCCCGAUUUCUCUAUUUCCUUCACCAGCUCUCGCGAGGAUCAGCCUGAAGAUCCGGAACGAGAACAAUGUGGCAGUCGAGUUCCUUCACAGCUUGGUAUAGGCUGGGGUCACAUCGACGCAAUACGAAGCACGUCGGGGGGCUCGACUGCUCUAUCGUCCUACUACGACGAACCGUCGCAUGACGAAGAUGACGAUCAUCCUGGUUGCUCACAUACGCCAGACGACCAGCUUGAGCACGAUCGUGAGAAGCUCAUCCGCGCUCUGCAAGCUCAGGCAUCAUUCGCUGAACGAUUGACGCGGUAUUUCGACGAAUCGAGUGAAGAUCCUCAGCCCAAGCUAGAGCGAAGCGUCACGCAGCUGCUGGGUCAGUUGCGAGAGUCCAGAACUGCACGUGAAUCGGAAUACUCCUCAACUAUCAGUUUAGCAAGUACAAUGGGCCUUCCACGCACUGCCUUCAGCCGGCAGGCAGUCAUAUCCCGUGCUCCCCCGAUCGAUUGCGCAAACGUGUCCAUCGGGGCAGAUGAGAGCACGUUGGGCAACACCAGCUUGCUGUCUUCGACCUCGCUCGAAGCAGACGCACAUCUUUUUGCAUUUGCUGAACUGCAACCUGUCUUUGCGGCUCUCGCAGACCUUCGCCUCGAUACACAAGAUGCCAGUUCGAGCUUGUCAACAGUACACGAGACGUUGCAAGAAGGAUCCACUCAACUGGCAGAAGCAAAGCGAGAGCUGCGUAGAAUGGACAAGUUGGUUUCGAAAGAAUCCAGCGAGCUUCAAGCCCACCUCGAGCUGCUCGACCGACUUGAUGCGCAGCGCGAAAUCGUAGAGGGACAUGCUCAUGUUUCCUACAGCGAUCGUAUCCGCAGAACCACGAGUGAAGCCCUGGCGAGCCUCUCUUGCGGUGCUCAGAAGCUGCAUGGACACAUGAGCCAGAUGGAGAAUAUGCUGCAGACGUUGACGAUGUGAGGUUUGUCGAGCUGACGACGCAAGUCAGAAUGUUGUUGUGUUCAAUGAGCAGUCGGCCAAUCAGAAUUCGCGCGACGCGAUUGCCGGCUUCGUCC